GAAUCUAACGAAACUGAAUUGAACCAAAACUAGACAACAUGGAGAACUUCACACCGAAAGAGGUGAAAAUCCUCGAGACCGUCGAGGACAUACAGGAGCGUCGUGAGCAGGUGCUCUCCCGCUACAAUGAGUUCAAAAUCGAGACACGUCAGAAGCGCGAGAAACUGGAGGAUUCGCGUCGCUUUCAAUACUUCAAGCGCGAUGCCGACGAGUUGGAGUCGUGGAUACACGAGAAACUACAGGCAGCCAGCGAGGAAAGCUAUCGCGAUCCCACCAAUCUGCAAGCCAAGAUCCAGAAGCACCAGGCCUUCGAGGCUGAGGUCUCGGCGCAUAGCAAUGCCAUCGUAUCGCUGGACAACACCGGCCAGGAGAUGAUCAACCAGCAGCACUUUGCCUCGGAGACGAUUCAGCGUCGCCUCGAUGAGCUGCAUCAACUGUGGGAGCUUCUGUUGAGCCGUCUGGCCGAGAAGGGACUGAAGCUGCAACAAGCUCUCGUCUUGGUGCAAUUCUUGCGUCAAUGCGAGGAGGUCAUGUUCUGGAUCAAGGACAAGGAGACCUUUGUCACCGCUGAUGAGUUUGGUCAGGAUCUGGAGCACGUUGAGGUGCUGCAACGCAAAUUCGAUGAGUUCCAAAAGGACAUGGCAUCGCAAGAGUACCGUGUGACUGAAGUCAAUCAGCUGGCCGACAAACUGAUUCAAGACGGACAUCCCGAGCGCGAUACGAUCACCAAGCGCAAGGAGGAGCUAAACGAGGCCUGGCAGCGUCUGAAGCAGCUGGCUAUCGUGCGUCAGGAGAAACUCUUUGGUGCCCAUGAGAUUCAGCGUUUCAAUCGCGAUGCUGACGAAACUGUUGCCUGGAUUGCCGAGAAGGAUGUCGUGCUCUCCUCCGAUGACUAUGGUCGUGAUCUGGCCAGCGUGCAGGCGCUACAGCGCAAGCAUGAAGGUGUCGAGCGUGAUUUGGCCGCUCUGGAGGAUAAGGUGUCCACCCUGGGUGCUGAGGCACAGCGUCUGUGCUCCAUUCAUGCCGAUCACAGCGAUCAGAUCCGCGACAAACAGGCGGAGAUUGCCAACUACUGGCAGAGUCUCACGGCCAAGGCACGCGAGCGCAAACAGAAGCUGGAUGAAUCGUACUAUUUGCAUCGUUUCCUUGCCGACUUCCGUGAUCUGGUGUCGUGGAUCAAUGGCAUGAAGGCCAUCAUUUCGGCCGAUGAACUGGCCAAGGAUGUGGCUGGUGCUGAGGCAUUGCUGGAGCGUCAUCAAGAGCACAAGGGUGAGAUUGAUGCACGUGAGGAUAGCUUCAAGCUGACCACCGAGUCCGGCCAGAAGUUGCUGGAGCGUGAGCACUAUGCUGCCGCCGAGAUCCAAGAGAAGUUGGCUGCACUCGAGAACGAUAAGAGCUCGUUGCUGUCGCUGUGGGAAGAUCGUCGCAUUCUCUACGAGCAGUGCAUGGAUUUGCAGCUGUUCUAUCGCGAUACCGAGCAGGCAGAUACCUGGAUGGCCAAACAGGAGGCUUUCCUGGCCAACGAGGAUCUUGGUGACUCGCUCGACUCUGUGGAGGCACUGAUCAAGAAGCACGAGGACUUUGAGAAGAGUCUGGCUGCCCAGGAGGAAAAGAUCAAGGCUCUGGACAUCUUUGCCACCAAGCUGAUCGAUGGCCAGCACUAUGCUGCCGAUGAUGUGGCCCAGCGUCGCCAGAUGUUGCUCGCUCGUCGUGCUGCCCUCCAAGAGAAGUCUGCGAAGCGUCGCCAGUUGCUGGAGGACUCGAAUCGCUAUCAACAAUUCGAACGCGACUGCGAUGAGACCAAGGGCUGGAUUAGCGAGAAGUUGAAGUUCGCCACCGAUGACAGCUACUUGGAUCCCACUAACCUCAACGGUAAAAUGCAAAAGCAUCAGAACUUUGAGCAUGAGUUGAAUGCCAACAAGUCGCGCAUCGAGGAUAUCACCAAUGUGGGCAGCGAACUGAUCGAGAAGAAGCAUUAUGCUGCUGAUCAGAUCAAUACACGCAUGCAGGAGAUCGUGGUACUGUGGGAGACACUCGUCCAGGCUUCUGACAAGAAGGGAACGAAGCUGAACGAGGCUUGUCAGCAGCAGCAAUUCAAUCGCACCAUCGAAGACAUUGAGCUGUGGCUCAGCGAGAUCGAGGGUCAGUUGCUGUCCGAGGAUCAUGGCAAGGAUCUGACAUCGGUGCAGAAUCUGCAGAAAAAGCAUGCUUUGCUGGAGGCCGAUGUGAUGGCCCAUCAGGAUCGCAUUGAGAGCAUCAAUGUGGCCGCGAACAAGUUCAUCGAAUCGGGCCACUUUGAUGCCGAUAACAUCCGCAACAAGGAGGGCAAUCUGUCGGCACGCUACGCCGCCCUGGCCGCGCCCAUGGGCGAGCGUAAGCAGCAUCUGUUGGACUCGCUGCAGGUGCAGCAACUGUUCCGCGACCUCGAGGACGAGGCCGCCUGGAUACGCGAAAAGGAGCCCAUUGCCGCCUCCACGAAUCGCGGUCGCGAUUUGAUCGGUGUGCAGAAUCUGAUCAAGAAACACCAAGCGGUGCUCGCCGAGAUCAACAACCACGAGGCGCGUCUGCUUAAUGUGAUUAGCUCUGGCGAGAAUAUGCUCAAGGAUCAGCCAUUUGCCAGCGAUGACAUUCGUCAACGUCUCGAAGCGUUGCAGGAGCAAUGGAACACCCUGAAGGACAAGUCGAACCAGCGCAAGCAGGAUUUGGAUGACUCGUUGCAAGCCCAUCAAUACUUUGCCGAUGCCAACGAAGCCGAGUCAUGGAUGCGUGAGAAGGAACCAAUUGCCACUGGUAGCGAUUACGGCAAGGACGAAGACUCCUCGGAGGCGCUGCUGAAGAAGCAUGAGGCACUUGUCUCUGAUUUGGAAGCCUUUGGCAACACCAUUCAGGCGCUGCAGGAGCAGGCCAAGAACUGCCGCCAGCAGGAGACACCUGUGGUCGAUAUCACUGGCAAGGAGUGUGUGGUCGCUUUGUACGAUUACACCGAGAAGUCGCCGCGUGAGGUGUCUAUGAAGAAGGGUGAUGUGCUGACGCUGCUCAACUCCAAUAACAAGGACUGGUGGAAGGUGGAGGUCAACGAUCGUCAGGGCUUUGUGCCCGCCGCCUACAUCAAGAAGAUCGAGGCCGGUUUGAGUGCAUCGCAGCAGAACCUCGUGGACAAUCAUUCGAUUGCCAAGCGUCAAAAUCAAAUCAACUCGCAGUACGAUAAUCUGCUCGCUUUGGCGCGUGAGCGUCAGAACAAGCUGAACGAGACCGUCAAGGCUUAUGUGCUGGUCCGUGAAGCCGCCGACUUGGCUCAGUGGAUCCGUGACAAAGAGAAUCAUGCCCAGAUCGCCGAUGUGGUCGGUGAGGAUCUCGAGGAGGUCGAGGUGUUGCAGAAGAAGUUCGACGAUUUCAACGACGAUCUAAAGGCUAACGAGGUGCGUUUGGCCAACAUGAAUGAGAUUGCCGUGCAAUUGACUUCGUUGGGUCAAACCGAAGCUGCUCUCAAGAUUCAGACUCAGAUGCAGGACUUGAACGAGAAGUGGAACAAUCUGCAGACGUUGACCGCCGAGAAGGCUAGCCAAUUGGGCUCUGCUCAUGAGGUGCAGCGUUUCCAUCGUGACAUCGAUGAGACCAAGGACUGGAUUGCCGAGAAGGCGAAUGCCUUGAAUAACGAUGACCUGGGCAAGGAUCUGCGCAGUGUGCAAACUCUGCAACGUAAGCACGAGGGUGUGGAACGUGAUUUGGCCGCCUUGCGCGAUAAGAUUCGUCAGUUGGACGAGACUGCCAACCGUUUGAUGCAAUCGCAUCCGGAUACCGCCGAGCAGACGUAUGCCAAGCAGAAGGAGAUCAACGAGAUGUGGGAUCAGAUCAUUACCAAGUCGACCGCCCGCAAGGAGAAACUGCUCGACUCGUACGAUCUGCAGCGCUUCCUCAGCGACUAUCGCGAUCUGUUGGCCUGGAUCAACUCGAUGAUGAGUUUGGUUACUUCCGACGAGCUGGCUAAUGAUGUCACAGGUGCCGAGGCGCUCAUCGAACGUCAUCAGGCACAUCGUGCUGAAAUUGAGUUCACGCUGGGCAGCAGCGCAUCACCAUCCAGCGACGAGGAACAUCGCACUGAGAUCGAUGCUCGUGCUGGCACCUUUGGCGCCUUCGAGCAGUUCGGCAACGAGCUGCUGCAGGCCAAUCAUUAUGCCUCGCCUGAAAUCAAGGAGAAGAUCGAGGAUUUGGCCAAGGCCCGCGAGGAUCUGGAGAAGGCCUGGACCGAGCGUCGUCUGCAGCUGGAACAGAAUCUUGAUCUGCAGUUGUACAUGCGCGACUGUGAGCUCGCCGAGACCUGGAUGUCGGCUCGCGAGGCUUUCCUCAAUGCCGAUGACGAUGCCAAUGCCGGUGGCAAUGUGGAGGCGUUGAUCAAGAAGCACGAGGACUUCGACAAGGCCAUCAAUGGCCAUGAGCAGAAGAUUGCCGCAUUGCAAACUGUGGCCGAUCAGUUGAUUGCCCAGAAUCAUUAUGCCUCCAAUUUGGUCGAUGAUAAGCGCAAGCAGGUGCUCGAGCGUUGGCGUCACCUCAAGGAGGGUUUGAUCGAGAAGCGUUCGCGUUUGGGUGAUGAGCAGACGCUGCAGCAAUUCUCUCGCGAUGCCGAUGAGAUUGAGAACUGGAUCGCCGAGAAAUUGCAGCUGGCCACCGAGGAGAGUUACAAGGAUCCGGCCAACAUUCAAUCGAAGCAUCAAAAACAUCAGGCCUUUGAAGCUGAGUUGGCAGCAAAUGCCGAUCGCAUUCAGAGCGUGCUGGCGAUGGGCGGUAAUUUGAUUGAUAAGAAGCAGUGCAGCGGCUCGGAGGAUGCGGUGCAGAAGCGUCUCACGCAGAUCGCUGAUCAGUGGGAGUAUCUGACGCAUAAGACGACUGAGAAGUCGCUGAAAUUGAAGGAGGCCAACAAGCAGAGGACUUAUAUUGCCGCUGUCAAGGAUUUGGACUUCUGGUUGGGCGAGGUCGAGAGUUUGUUGACCACUGAGGAUUCUGGUAAGGAUUUGGCGUCUGUCCAAAACCUCAUGAAGAAGCACCAGUUGGUCGAAGCGGAUAUCGUGGCGCACGAAGACCGCAUCAAGGACAUGAACAACCAGGCCGAUUCCUUGGUCGAGAGCGGUCAAUUCGAUACUGCUGGCAUCCAGGAGAAGCGUCAAAGCAUCAACGAGCGUUACGAGCGCAUCUGCAAUCUGGCUGCCCAUCGUCAGGCCCGUCUCAACGAGGCCCUGACCCUCCAUCAAUUCUUCCGCGACAUUGCCGACGAGGAGAGCUGGAUCAAGGAGAAGAAACUGCUCGUCGGUUCCGAUGAUUACGGUCGCGAUUUGACCGGUGUGCAGAACCUGAAGAAGAAGCACAAGCGUCUCGAAGCCGAGCUAGCUUCUCACGAGCCGGCCAUUCAGGCCGUCCAGGAGGCUGGUGAGAAGCUCAUGGAUGUGUCCAAUUUGGGUGUACCCGAAAUUGAGCAGCGUCUCAAGGCCCUCAAUCAGGCCUGGGCUGAGCUUAAGAAUUUGGCUGCCACACGCGGUCAGAAGCUGGACGAAUCGCUGACCUAUCAGCAGUUCUUGGCCCAGGUGGAGGAAGAGGAGGCCUGGAUUACCGAGAAGCAGCAGUUGCUCUCCGUGGAGGAUUAUGGCGAUUCGAUGGCUGCCGUUCAGGGUCUGCUGAAGAAGCACGAUGCCUUCGAGACGGACUUUGCCGCACACAAGGAUCGCUGCUCGCUGAUCUGUGAACAGGGCAGCGAUCUGGUCGAGGCCAAGAAUCAUCAUGGCGAUUCGAUUGCACAGCGUUGCCAGCAGCUGCGCAACAAGCUGGAGAACUUGAACGCUUUGGCUGCCCGUCGCAAGGGUGCAUUGCUCGAUAACUCGGCGUAUCUGCAGUUCAUGUGGAAGGCCGAUGUUGUGGAGAGCUGGAUCGAUGACAAGGAGAACUAUGUGCGCUCCGACGAAUAUGGACGUGAUUUGUCUACUGUGCAAACGCUCUUGACCAAGCAGGAGACAUUCGAUGCAGGUCUCAAUGCCUUUGAACAGGAGGGCAUUCACAACAUUAGUGCUCUGAAGGAUCAAUUGAUCAAUGCGAAUCACGCCCAAUCACCGGCGAUCUUGAAACGUCACGGCGAUGUCAUCGCCCGUUGGCAGAAACUGCGCGACGCGUCGGAUACGCGUAAGCAGCGUUUGCUGGCCAUGCAGGAGCAAUUCCGCCAAAUCGAGGAACUCUACUUGACAUUUGCCAAGAAAGCUUCGGCCUUCAAUUCUUGGUUCGAAAAUGCCGAAGAGGAUCUCACAGAUCCUGUUCGCUGCAAUUCGAUCGAAGAAAUACGCGCGUUGCGUGACGCCCACGCACAAUUCCAAGCGUCCCUUUCAUCGGCCGAAGCUGACUUUAAGGCAUUGGCAGCACUCGACCAGAAGAUCAAGAGCUUUAAUGUUGGACCGAACCCAUACACAUGGUUCACCAUGGAAGCUCUUGAGGAGACCUGGCGUAAUCUGCAAAAGAUCAUAGAGGAACGCGAUGGCGAACUUGCCAAGGAGGCCAAGCGUCAGGAGGAGAACGAUAAACUGCGGAAGGAGUUCGCCAAGCACGCCAAUCUCUUCCAUCAAUGGCUCACCGAAACGAGAUAUUAUAUGCUGGGUUAUAAUCGUCAAGGAACAUCAAUGAUGGAAGGCUCCGGAUCAUUGGAACAGCAAUUGGAAGCACUGCGUGUCAAGGCCACCGAGGUGCGUGCUCGUCGCGUGGAUCUGAAGAAGAUCGAGGAACUUGGUGCACUGCUUGAGGAACAUUUGAUUUUGGACAACCGCUACACGGAACACUCGACUGUUGGACUCGCACAGCAAUGGGAUCAAUUGGAUCAACUAUCGAUGCGUAUGCAGCACAAUUUGGAACAACAGAUACAGGCGCGCAAUCAUUCGGGUGUCUCGGAAGAUUCACUGAAGGAGUUCUCGAUGAUGUUCAAGCAUUUCGACAAGGACAAGAGCGGCAAACUCAACCACCAGGAAUUCAAAUCAUGUCUGCGCGCUCUUGGCUACGAUCUGCCCAUGGUUGAGGAGGGACAACCCGAUCCAGAAUUUGAGGCUAUCCUCGAUGUUGUUGACCCCAACCGCGAUGGCUAUGUUUCCCUGCAGGAGUACAUUGCAUUCAUGAUUUCCAAGGAAACCGAAAACGUGCAAUCCUACGAAGAAAUCGAGAAUGCCUUCCGCGCCAUCACUGCCGCCGACCGCCCCUACGUUACCAAGGAGGAGCUCUACUGCAACCUCACCAAGGACAUGGCGGACUAUUGUGUGCAGCGCAUGAAACCAUUCUCGGAACCGCGCUCUGGCCAGCCCAUUAAAGAUGCUUUAGAUUACAUAGAUUUCACGCGAACGCUAUUCCAGAAUUAGAUCGCGAUGUUUAUUUAAUGGCGCCUGAGAAAAUGUCUUACAAUCUAUUUCUAAAAAUAUAGAAAAAAAAAGAAAAGUAAUAA